AUGAUCAGCGCCGACGAUGACGAGCCUCUUCAUGAUAAGCUGAUAAGUGGGAAUCGUGCUCCAAGGAAUGCAGUGUUCGACCUUCCCCAGCUCUAUACUAAGCCUUGCGCGGCGGAUAUACUGAACGCUCUCGAACUACUGAGAGUCCAGCCGCGAAGCUUUGACAACAACGGCCAGGAUGUGGUGAAAGGACGGACAGUGCAGUCAGUAGGCGUUACGAAGUAUCUCACAUCGAUCGUCUCAAGCGCUCUGUCAUGGCUGGAAUCGGACGAAGUAAGAGAGGCUGUCUGGGACGCAGCGUCGGCGAGACUCAGUGAGCGCUCUGGACGAACUGCCAUGGGAGCCAUAUCUCGCGUCUUCACGAUUCCCAGGUCGGCCACCGAAGACUUCACACUCACACUCCAUGAGCCCGCUCUGACAUCUGACAAUCUGGGUAUGAAAACCUGGGUUUCCUCCUAUCUCCUGUCACGGCGUUUACAUUCGUUGUUCGAAACCACCCCCGAACUUGUCCCCGCUACAUCACCGUCGGUAUCCCGGAAUAAGGCAGGCAAGACGCUUCGAGCCCUUGAACUGGGCGCUGGAACGGGCCUUGUCGGUCUCUCUUUUGCUGCUCUUCGUGGACCAGCCGCUUCCAUCCACCUUACGGAUCUGCCCGCUAUUGUUCCGAACCUCUCGCAUAAUGUCGGCUUGAACUCCGAGCUUCUCAGCAAAGCUGAUUCUGUCGUGACUACCGGGGUGCUCGACUGGUCUGUGGCGCCGGAAUCUCCUCCAACGUCCGAUGAACGCUACGACAUCAUCUUGGCUGCGGAUCCUCUAUAUUCCCCUGAACACCCCAGGUGGCUUGUUCAGACAGUUGAACGCUGGCUCAGUCAUAGCUUGUAUGCACGGGUAGUCGUCGAGAUGCCCCUCCGCGAUGCAUACAGUCCCCAGCGCCAGGAGUUCCGUCAACGGAUGAUUGCUGUCGGUCUGGCCAUUGUAGAUGAAGGCGAGGAAAUCGGGUACGACGACUGGGAAAGUGCAGACGGCGGCUCAUUGGAGGUUAGAUGUUGGUGGUCGGUAUGGGGAUGGAGUGAGAAGAUAUAGAGUCCUGUGU